CAAGAAGUGAACAUCAGUCUGCGGUCGGCCGCUGUGCCUGGGUAUCCAUGGCUGAACUUCGAGUUUUCAGUCUUCUUCGUAGAACAAUUAGAAGAGGUAGAAUUAGUGUAGUGACGGUAUUGUUGUGCUUGUGGCAGUGUGUCAUGACUGCGUAGUUUUGCUACACCAAGAUAAGUUUAUCUGUGUCAUUUCGUGUGACACUUCCAAGUUAUUGGCUGUGAUCUGUUGACUGUAUCAUAGAGGAAAUAAAUAGUAACGCGACUUCCUCUUAUAGGCACCACGACGUAUAAACACCCUGGCUUGACAUGGUGACUGACCGCUGGACAUUACCACUCGGUCUGCAAACCUCUGUGGCUUCUAUUGACACAAACGGAGGCAGGUGUAUAUAUGGUUGUGGGGAAUGCCUUUUCUUACUGCAACGGCAGUUUCUCUUUUCUUUCCCGGGUAGUGGUCAGUCCGAUAAAAAUGAUAAUUUGGAAUAAAGAACGUCUCGUGUGGUUUGAAAUAUUUCUCUGAGAGCAGAGCCACUUCUAUAUGGGACAAGACAACGUUCCCAGGACGUUCCUCACUGAAGACCAAUAGAAGCGGAGGAAGAAGUGCCUGAUAUUGAAUCCGUUGUUAUUGGUGGGACUGACAACAAAACCAUGGAGGAAGCUCAGAGGUUGGAUGAUGAACCCAUGAUUUCCAAAAUGUAUUCUGCAUGUUCAUUCCGAAGGCUUCAAGACAUGGUGCCUGCAAGAGCUGUGCUCUACUUCCUUUCCUUCUCGGGAUUCCUUGUCAGCUUCAUGAUGCGUACAGAUAUCAACAUUGCAAUGAUAGCCAUGGCACGGCUACCGCCCCCUUCACCUUAUGCAGCUAAUGCUAGUAGUACACCCAUGUACUGCUAUGACCCCGCUAACAUGACAGAUGAACUUGCUGCAGACAAUAUAACUAAGGAGGAAGGCGAGUUCGAUUGGGAUGCAACCACACAAUCAACCAUCUUGGGAUCAUUUUACUGGUGCUACAUUCUUUCACAAGUAGUUGGAGGUAUACUGACGCAGCAUUUUGGUACCAAGACAGUGUUUGGUUUCUCUCAGUUCAUCACGGCCAUAUGCUCACUGCUUAUUCCCACAGCAGCACCUCUGCACUAUGGUGCUGUUAUUGCAUUACGUUCCAUUCAGGGUAUUGCAUCGGGUUUAACAUGGCCGGCUAUGUAUGCAAUGGUUGGCCACUGGAUACCAGCUAUUGAGAGGAGUCGCUUUAUGUCUUCUUUCCAAGGUUUCAGUUUUGGAAUUGGUCUUACAUAUCCACUCUGUGGGUUCCUGAUUGCACACUUUGGAUGGCGAGUUGUGUUCUAUGUGACUGGCAGUGUGGGUAUUCUGUGGUGUUUAAUAUGGUGGUUGCUUGCAUUCGAUACACCAGCUCAGCACCCUCGUAUUACACCUAGUGAACGACGAUACAUCGAAAGCAACGUUGGAAAUACAGUCGUAGGUGAAAAGGGUUUGGUAGUUCCAUGGCAUUCCAUUUUGACGUCACUACCAGCCUGGUCAAUUGGCAUCACAACAUUUGGACGCAUUUGGAUUCAUUAUACUUUCAUCAUUCCUGGGCCCAUGUACAUGAAGACUGUUCUUGGCUUCAGUAUUCAAAAGAAUGGCUUGAUGUCUGGAGCACCAUUCCUGUGCAGCUAUGUUUCAUCUGUCCUAUUCUGUUAUCUGGCAGAUGUCCUUGUAAACAACAAGCUUCUCACCCUAACCAAUGUUCGCAAGCUGUUUACUGCCAUGUCCCAGAUUGUGCCUGGCCUCUUGGUGCUGGCUAUUGGUUACUUGGGGUGCAACAUCACACUAGUCCUUAUUGCUUGGUUCUGCGCUGUCACCCUUAUUACUGCUUCAUAUGCUGGUGCUAUGGCCAGUGUUGUGGACAUAGCUCCGAAUCUUGCUGGUCCAAUUCUAGCCUUUGCUCAGACAAUUCACAUGACUGCAAGUUUCCUCUCACCAAUUGCUGCUGGAAUUCUGUUACAAGAAAGUCAAACUCUGGAGCAGUGGCAGCAAGUAUUUUGGUUGGCAGCGGUCAUAAGCUGUGGCACAUACAUUUUCUUCCAAGUGUUUGGGACAGCAGAUAUUCAAGUCUGGAAUUAUCCCAACCAGAAGAUUCCUGUCGACCUAAUUCAGCCGCUGCAACCAGCGAACUGUAAGCAGAAUGGAACAGCAUUUAAGGAAAAUGGUGAAGCAGCAGAAGACUGACCAAUCACAUGUAUUGGCAUGCACUUGAAUUCCUGAUGUGAACUGGCUUGUACUGUAUGUCUUAUAAAGACUGUUAAGCUUUGUAUACUAAGACAAGGGAUGGGAAGAGCCAUAGGGGAUGAAAGGAAGUGCCUUAAUAUAGGAACACAAAGUGUUAUCUUCUUAGUUAUGAUUUAAUAAAGAUCCUAUAUUUUGGGGAGAUUUGAGAUUCUCAUGACAGUAACUGUGAUAAGUACUUAUCUUCUGAAAUGACAUACUAUCUAGUUUGAUAGAAGCUUACUACUAACAUUCCUCUGAAACUCUGGUAAACUUCUGCAAAACGACAUAGUGUCAUGUCCCAAAAGGUAGUACUCUUCCUCAUCUAUUGUUCCUUUAUGCUCAGUUUUAAUGUACUCACUAUCAGUUUGAAAUGGUGCCCUAACAGUUAUAACUGGUGAGAGACGUGUGUUUUCAUGAAAAAUAAUGUCCUGACAGUUUAAUUCUCUGCUGUGCAUAAUGUGGUAAACCAGCUCUGCAGUGCAGAAAUUCUCUUAAAAACUGGUAAUUAGUUAGCCGGUCAAGAAAUUCCUUGUUUUUAUGAAACUUGGAUGUUUACAGAUUCUUCACAGAAGUCCACCAUUGGACCCUAUCCUGAGCCAGCUUAAUCCAGUCCACAUACUCGCAUCCCAAUCCACAAAGUUCCUUUUUUGGCCUAUUUUCCUUAUUUUUGGAAAUUAAAGAAGACUUGUGAGAUGACCUUGCUCUAUUUUUUUAGCUUGCUUUCCUUAUUUGUGAAAAGAAAAGAAGGCUUAUGCAAUCACAAUGGUCUUCGUAUUNCCCCCCCCCAGUGAACUUUUGAGUGGCCGAACCAAUCUAUAUGAAACCUUGUAUAUACAUCAUGGCAUUUGAACCCAUCCCAAUGGCAUGCUUCAUAAAUCCCUCCAAUCAGCCUGUGUGUUUUAUGUGUUUAUUCCCUCUAUUGCUGUUAGGCAAUGGCUGCGUAAAAACGUUACCACAGCAAUGAAUAUGCAUGCAGUAAUACAAGAAUCGUUGUACACAUCAUUUUGUAUGUGUUCCAUGUCAUAUCAUGGCGAUAAGUAGGUGAUUACUUCAUCCCAGAACUACUUCUUGUUAUGAGAUAAGUUUUGUAUGCAACCUCUAAUUUUCUCGUUUUCUAUGCAGCCUGUGUCAUGUCAAAAGGAAAGAGAUGAUUAGUUCUUUCCAGAACUCCUUGUUAUAUUAUCCUCCCAUCUAUACAUAGUUUUCCUUAGUGCUCUCUUACAUGAAUCUUCCUGGGGGUAAAGAGCGGCUGGUGCAUAAGGCUGACAACCUCACCACCAUCUGUGAGUCAGUUAUCU